GUUACUUACGAGGACAUUAGUAAUUUACUGAACCUCUACUUUUAUACCCACAAUACAGAACAAGAUUUUCAUUUGCAACAUAUGAAAAAGCGGUGUUUAACCAGUAGGUCGCUCACUUAAAAUCUCCUCAACACACCCCCAUUAAAUACUUCGUUGACUGCUUCAAACAAGAGAUGUAUAAUCUGUAAAAAUAAAAGAACUUCAGUAUUAAACUCAAGGUUCGUGGUCGCUGUUCCUUUAUAUACUGCAUAAAGUGGUCUUACAUAAUAUAGUAGGUCAUGCAUUUUUAGUGCAGCAAUGUAACUUAUUAUAGCUUGUAACAGCAAGCACAUGAAAGCCUAAAAUAUGAGACCUAGGGAACUGGGUGCUGCACAAGAAUGGCAAUUGUAUACAUUGCUUCCAGUACAAGUUGUAUGUCGAGGGGGCUUGUAACUAGAUUUACAACGUCCUACUUAACGGGUAUUGGAUUUUGGAAAGACAGCAAGGCGGUGGAUUCACGAAGUGGAGAAGGAAGCAGAAAAUGAUUCUUCAGGAAUAAAGCGCAAUCAUAUACAGAAAGAAGCUGUGAGUAGUAAGACGAAAUUGUUGUUGGACUGGGCUACUGCUUGGGCCUGGUUUCAUAUGGGGGCUGUAAAGGUAACGUAGAAAAUAAUGUGUGGGCCAAAAGAACAGGGACAUUCCCUUGUAGCAUUUCUAAUGCUUAGCGCCGCUGGAGGGACCUAUACUGUACGAAUGCGACGAUAGCCAGUGGAGGCGCAACCCGCGGGGUUUAUAUAAAGAUUUUCACCCGUUAACGAAAACAAAAAAGACUGCUGAGGGUUAACAACUGUAGAAAGCGAAUAUGACAAAAAAAAUUGCGCAAACGAACCUGGGGGUGAGGAGAGGACUUUCGGAAAAUUCAUAAGAUCCGAGUUUUCCGUCAUAACUUUCGGGAAAAUAAACGGUUGUUUUGUCUUAUUUCUCGUGUUCGCCUAUAAAAUUCGAAACUUUUCUCAGAUUCCCCUCCCCAAUUUUCGGUGGAUGCUUAUUCCGAAUCUUUGCCUCUUAUUAUUAUUUACUUGUUUGCAAAACUAAAUCGAAAUAUUUCCGAUUUGAAAACUGUACGUUAUAUCCCAAAAUUGCCUAGCAUGGCAAUGUUAAGAUGCGAUUCAAGGAGAUUUGGUUGCAGUGCUACUUUCUUUUCUUUUGAAGUGUUAUUCCAGCAAUAUUUGGUAGCUGUUCAUGUUGAGCUUGUACAUAUAUGCCUGGCAUGUAUGAUGUAUUAAGAGGAAGAAAUAUUAGUGUAUUAUCAAAAGUAUGCUAACGACCUGGGUUGAAUGUCGUUUCGUUCAAUUGAAUGAAACAACAAAUACUAUAUUAACCUCAAAACCUGGUUUUUUAUCAAAGUCACACGCCAAGGAUUUACAACCCUGAAAUUUGUGAUAAGAGUUUUUUUUUCUCUCUUUCUAUCUCUCGUCAACUUGUACAGCUGUUUACAACAAUUUGACCUUAAUGGUCCGGUACACUCGAUGAAAGAUGUUAAGUCCUUGAUGUUCUAAUUUAAGAAACCAUCUGUUAUUUUCCAAGUUCUAAAACAUAUUUAUAAAGUUACUAGAAUGAUUUGGUUCAGAAUUCAUCCAAGAAGUAAAGUGAACAUGUAUAACUUCCUACACUUGGAAUUAAGAUGGUUAUCUCGAUGUUAUCAAACAAAGAACCAUGAAAAACUUGUAUUGAGACAAAUUAGAACUUACUUGCCUAGUUUAACUAGUUCUCUUUCAAAGGACACUGGACCAAGUAGCAGAAAACAUUUAGCAGUAGUUCCAAAAUAUCACUCAACAUGGAUUCAGCCAGAAGGAUUUGACACAGGAAUCAAAGUUUACAAUACUCUGACAAAACAAAAGGAAAAAUUGAUUUUACUCCGCAAAAACAUUGCUACAUGGUACAUUUGUGGGCCCACAGUCUAUGACAGUUCACAUUUGGGACAUGCCAGUACAUAUAUCCAGUUUGACAUCAUCCGUCGUAUUUUGACAAAGAUAUUUGGAAUCCAUGUGAUCCGAGUUAUGAGUAUCACUGAUGUUGAUGACAAAAUCAUAGACAGAGCUAACAAACUGGGAACUGAGAUCAGUGAAGUAUCUAAGAAGUUUGAGUAUGAAUUUUUCCACGAUAUGGCCUUGCUGAAUGUCUUGCCACCAACGUAUCCUGCACGAGUCACCGACCACAUGGACAGCAUUAUAAACUACAUUCAAACUAUCCUACAGAAAGGUUUUGCUUACAAGACUCCUGAUGGAAGCGUUUACUUUGAUGUUGAAGCAUAUCCAGACUAUGGUCAGCUGCGCCAGAAACAGGAAAUAUUUGAAGAAUCAACUCAUGAAGGCAAACGUAGCUCGUUGGAUUUUGCUCUAUGGAAAGCCAUGAAAGAGGGGCCUUCCUGGGAGUCUCCUUGGGGUAAGGGCCGACCAGGAUGGCAUAUUGAAUGUUCUGCCAUGGCAAGCAAAAUCUUUGGUUCCAACUUUGAUUUGCACUCUGGAGGAGAAGACCUUAUUUUCCCACACCAUGAAAAUGAGCUUGCUCAGUCCCAGACAUAUCAUGGAUGCAAGCAAUGGUGCAAUUAUUGGCUUCACACAGGUCAUCUUCAUAUUAAAAACCAAGAGAAAAUGUCAAAGUCUCUAAAGAAUGUUGUAUUGAUAUCAGAUUUUCUAAAGACCCACACAGCUGACCAGUUCCGUUUCUUCUGCAUGCUUACUCAUUAUCGCAGAAGAAUUUCUUACCAUAAGGAAUCAAUAGAGAAAGCAUCAAAACUUCUCACCCAGAUUGAAUCCUACCUGCAGAACUCUUCAGCCUAUAUCCAGGGACAGAUGAACUGUGGAAAUAUCAGUGAGUCAGAAAUACUAUCAAAGCUGGAUCAAUUACAGAUGUCAGUGGGAGAAGCUUUGUGUGAUGACUUUGAUUUACCCAGGACUGUAGCCAGCAUCAUGUCAUUUGUGCAAUUCAUGAACACUGAACUUACUCCAACACAGGACCCGUCAUGUUCCAGUCGCAGUACUGUUGCUGUUGCAGUUGCAGCUAUGUAUGUUUCUGAAUUACUGCAGAGUUUUGGUAUAAACUUUGGUAAACAAACGCAGCAGCAGGCAGAGUCCGGCAGUGAUCUACAACUGUCUCAAGUCAUUGACAGUACAGUGAAAUACAGGAACAAAAUUCGACAGUUUAUUCUAAGCCCUCAUGAAGAUAUGUCGUUUGGGAAAGAUUAUGAAGAUCUCAACAAGAAAGAAAAGAAGAAAGUAAAAUUCCAAGCUCUCCAACCUCUAAUUUCUUCUUCUGAUGAUAUUCGUAAAGAAUUUGCAGCCAUGGAUAUACAAAUAAUUGAUUAUCGAGAUGACUCUUCAUGGAAAAUUGUGACAAAGAAAAAGAAAAAUGAAAAUUAAGAAGUUGAGCAUUUGAUCUUCAGACAAA